AUGGCCGAUGUAGAGGAUUCAAGCCGUACGCCACGGGGCGACCGACCACGUAAAAGACGCCGGCGCACCAUGGCUUGCACCCAGUGUCGCAGUCGCAAGUUGCGCUGCGAUCGCGAAUAUCCAACGUGCACCCGCUGCAUGAAGAGUCGGACGCCGAGCAAAUGCACCUAUGAGGAUGGUUUCUUAUGGCAGCAGCCGGCCACCUUGCCGACUCCGGCGUCAGUCUCAACCGACAGGCCAGUGGACCCGUUGGCCCAGGUCUCCAGUGCUCCUCGUCCCGCGCAGACUGGCUUGAUUAAUGUGGUAACGACACCAAGCUCGGGCCUCGGGCAACCGUUGACUCGGGCGGAUGCUCUCCUUUCAACAGUCGCGCCCGACCAGGGCUCAACGGCUUAUCCCGAAGGGGACGAUGCAUAUCGUGGACAGAGCCGCCCUGCGGGCAAAGAGAAGGGCUUUUUAGAGACAGUCCUUGGGGCGCCCAAAGCGGCCGUUGAUCAGGAGCCAUAUAUCAACACAGAUGUCUUACACCGUCCUAGACGCCCGGCGAUUGAAGAAUCCACGCCCCUCUCGGCGCGGCCACGAAGGCUCAGCACUGGCGACGAUACAGAGAUAGAUGGAGUGUUGUCGCCAUCGCACGAGCUGGAUCUGUCGCCACGUAUGAUGAUGAGAGGUCGAGAUACCAAGACACGGUUCAGCGGCUCGGGAAUCUACGCCAAUGUGGUCCCUCAGUUUCCGGACAUUCGGGCAUUUGCUGAAGAGAUCCGACACGCCAAUCCAAUUCUCUCCCAGGUGCGGCCCGAUCUGGAGCGGGUGAUCAAGGGACUGUGGAAGCGUCAGCCACUCAAACAGGCCUUUGCCGAUCCUACUAUUGAGUCUUUGAUCGCACUCUUACCGUCUCGGUCGGUAGCCGAUGAACUUAUUGGGGUGUACCUCACGUAUAUUGAAUCUUUGCAUCGUAUCUUCCACGUUCCCACAUUUUUGACGGAGCUAGAUGAUUUUUGGCGAAUGAUAUCUACCCCAAGUGCUGUAUCUGCUGCGUUUGUGGUGCAACUACUGUUGGUCCUCGCGUGUGCGUGGAAUCUCGCCGAUAUGGGCAGUCUGCAAGAGAAGAGCGCGACCCCGCUCAAAUGUUAUACGGCGGUCGAAUGGGUGUUGCAUGCAGAAAAAUGGAUUGAGAAUGCGCACUUUAGGCGGCAGGAGAUUACCACACUAAGGCUCUCCAUUCUGUCCAUCAUGGCCAAGAACUAUCAUGGGAUGAAACGCAGCAAGGCGUGGCUGGCCACAAACACCUUGAUUCGACAGGCCAUGCUUUCGGGUUAUCACCGAGACCCCGACCAAUAUGCUCAAAUCUCACUGUUCAACAAAGAGAUGCGCCGGCGCAUCUGGAUGACCAUGGUAGAAUUGGACCUUCAAGUUGCGAUCGAUCGAGGCAUGCCGCCGGCUGUCCAGGCCAUGGACUAUGACACAUUGCCUCCUCUGAACAUCGAUGAUGACGAAAUUCAUCAAGACUCUACGGUAGCCCCAGCACACCGGCCGAUCAGUGACAUUACAGACUCGUCUUUCCAGACUGCACUCGGUCGAUCUCUUCCGCUGCGGCUCAAAGCCUGUCAACUGAUGCACUCGCCUCGGAUCAGCUGUCGCUAUGAAGAAAUUCAGCGGUUGGACUGGGAGCUGAGUCGCCACUUGUCUCAAAUCCCUCCGUGGGACCAUAUUGAGGCGGAUGAUCUGGUCAAACAGCACAAAGUGACCCUUUGGAAAGCGGCCAUUGGAACAAAGCUGGCGCAAACUCUGCUCUCCACCCACACGCCGUUCGCCAUUGAGUCUUUACGGGAGCCUCUCUUCGCGCCUUCGGCUCGGUCUCGUUUGGAUGCCGCCACGAUGAUCCUCGCCACCCAGAAACGCCUCUUCGACACUUCCCGACCAUUAUCGUUAUGUAUGCUGGGGGAAUGGACCCUCCAGGCUUUCCUCUCCAUCUGCCAGGUCGUUCAUGCACAGGGCUCUCGGAACACUUCAUCCUCUUAUCCACUAUCAUCAUCAUUUGUAUCCAUCUUGCAGAACUUACCCGGCUUACCGGAGUCGCUUGUCUCCCUGGCCGAGACAGCAUUGAUGGCGCUUGAAGGCCGGUUUUGGCUUGUCCUGAAAGGCGCCAAGGACUACUUUUUCCUCUCCACCAUUCUGGCUCUGGCCAAAAGUAAGCAAUGGCCUGGCCAGGCAGUCAUGUAUAAGCAGCAAGUGGUUGAACGCAUUCUCCUGUUUGCGCAAACUCUUUUCUCUCGGCACGCGGGCUGUGAGCAUUUGGGAAAACUGGGCAUGGGCAGUUUCCACAAUAACCAGCUGCACAAUGCCCGCCACCUGCACGAUGCCCUCUCCAGUUCAAUUGCCAGUCAAUUCCUCGCUGCCAUGAUCGCCAUGCGUUUCUACUGCUUCAUCCUGGUGGGAGCCUUACUGGCGCCGUUGGUCAAUUGCCAACGGUCCACACCAUCCGGAAGACCCAGUCUUCCCCAAGUCUACGAGACCACGAUCACGAUCCCCCUCCCCAACGAGGGCCAUUUGCAGGUCCAUGAUCCCAACGUGGUCCUCUGGGAUAAUCACUAUUAUCUCUUCAAAGGCGGCGUGCAUAUCCCGUUCUUCAAAGCUGCCAGCAUGAGCGGGCCCUGGACACCCAUCGGCACCGUCCUCGGGGGCGACAGCAUCAUCCACCAAGGUAAUCGAUCACGACCGUGGGCCCCAACGACGGUGGAGCGCAAUGGGACUUUCUACUGCUACUACACACUCAGCACGUCUGGCUCGCGGAAGAGUGCCAUCGGCGUGGCCACGAGCACCGCGCUCGAUGGCUCGCCCUGGACGGACCACGGGGCAUUGAUUCGAACGGGCGAUGGGCCCGGAUCGGAAGUGUGGCCGUUCACAGUGACCAAUGCCAUUGAUGCUUCUUUCAUCCGGGACGACGAGACUGGCACAGCUUAUUUGAAUUAUGGCAGUUUCUGGCAUGAUAUCUGGCAGGUGGCGCUCACGGACGAUUGGUUAUCGAUUGAGAGUCCGGCCAAGCCGAAUGCCACACAGCUUACAUUUGUGCCGGAUGAGACAGUUCGACCGGAGGAAGGCUCGUGGAUGAGUUACCAUGAGGGGUAUUACUAUCUCUGGUUUAGCCAUGGGACCUGUUGUAAUUUUGAGAAACGUGGGUUUCCCCAUCGAGAUCAGGAGUAUAGUAUCCGGGUGGGCCGGUCGCGGAAUGUGCGAGGCCCGUUUGUCGACCGGACGGGAACUCGGUUGCUGGAUGGAGGUGGAACGGUGGUGUAUGCCUCGAAUCAUGGCUUGGUAUAUGCCCCUGGAGGACUGGGGAUUCUGCCGGGAAAUUCGUCAACUCCGGGUCUUCUCUACUACCACUACUUGAACACGUCUAUAGGGUUUCAGGAUGAUCAAGCGCAACUAGGAUACAAUUACCUCAAGUAUGACCAGGGCUGGCCCGUCGUGUUGGAGGGCAUUGUGGUGCAAAGCGGCGCUGCGAUGAUGUUCCGUCUGCCGGACAUGUACAUGACUUUCAUACUAGGACUUUGGAUGGCCGUCCUUGCGGCAUUAUAG